AUGAAGCCGAUAUCUAUCCUUCCCGCCCUCCUGAUGGCGCUCACCACGACCACGACCACGGCCGCCCCCGCCUCCGCCUCCGCCCCCGUUCCCCAGUGCAGCGCCAGUCCCGCCACUCCCACUGCCAAUCCCAUCCGUCCUACCGACACGCUUCAGCCGGUGGGAUGCAAGGCUCGGGCUCAAGUUUGUAGCCUUAAGAUGAAAUGCUGUCCGGGACUCACGUGUCGUAGGGUCAUGGCGUUCAGCUUUUGUUCUGAGACAAAGUUCACGAGCCCGCUCAAAGUCUCCACCAACGUGUCAACCUAG